AUGAGGGCAACACACUUUCAAGAUACGUUUGCGGAAGCCGUCAGACGAUUUAAUGAGGCCGGGUGUGUUCAGUGGGUAAAACACACCCUCCAACCUGUUUAUGUUAAAGUAAUGAACAAUCGAGGCCCAUGUUGGGCGGACGUUGGAUAUAAUGGAUCUACACGGACCAUCCGUUUGGCCGAAAAUGGGUGUCUUUAUGUAGACAGUAUCCUGCAUGAGAUGCUACAUAUCACGGGAACUAUGCAUGAACAAAACAGAAUAGAUGAUCGGAACAAAGUCAUUUCAUUCAACUGGCCCAAUGUACCCAUCGAUAGUGAAUAUAAUUUUGAAGGCUAUUAUCUGAACAACGCUAGAGAAUACGAUCUUGGAUCAGUUAUGCAGUAUGGGUUAACGAAUGGUAAUAAAACAGUCAUGCGCACCAAGGACCCGGAUUUGGCCUACCUGACCAGAAAUAAACACGGCCUGUCAUACUAUGACAUAGCCGAGCUGAACGCAUUCUACAAAUGUGCUGAUAACUGCACAAAUCCUCCAGUUUGCAAACACGAAGGUUUUGUGAAGCAGGUGCGCGGAAAUUGUUCAUGUGAGUGUGUGGAUGGACUUCAAGGAAGAGACUGUUCAAAGCUCGACACAAGUAGUGGAUGCGGAGGGUUCAUUGAUUUGUCAACUGGAGGUUCCGAAUUAAUCGACAUGUAUGGCUACGAGCCGGGUUUGAAGUGCACGUGGCUAAUUAAGGGUCCUGAAAGUACAAAGAUUGAAGUCAACAUCAUUCGCCUCGAUCUUCCUUAUAGUACACAGGGGGUAUGUUACCACUUUGUGGAAGUUCGGGACUAUCUGUCAGGAUCAACAGGAAAACUAAUCUGUGGAAAUUCAGGCGGUGAAACUUUUACAAAGCAAAAUUUAGGUCCUACAAAUAUGAUGAUCGUCCGUUUUUACAGUGACCGAUACGAUACUGUCUCUCCCGAAAAUGGAUUUGAAUUAUCGGUGACUGCAGCGCCAUCUGCGUGCAGUAGUUCACCUUGCAAGUACCCAGCUUCGUGUGUUGAUGGGGUUAAUACCAAAGACUACGUAUGUUUAUGUACCAAAGGAUAUUCUGGAACCAAUUGUGACAGAGUGACAGCUUCUGCAACUGUGGGGGACAGCUUUGAGGAAGACUUCACAACACUAAUGACUCAUUUACCACGAACGGAUAUCAAAUGGUCUACUAAUAAGGAUGUAAAAAUGAACGGUAUUCAAACAACUGCUUCAGAUGGUUACCUCAUGGCGACUCUAAGGGAUUAUUUUUUUACUAAUAACUUCAAUUUUGGACAAAAAGCGAGCAUUGUAACAUCUGUUAUAUUCGAAACUAUUCCUCCAAUCUGCACUUGUCAUGAUAUAAUUUUAGGAGCUGAUCGGUGCCUUCGUUUUGAUUACGGUAUAUCAGACUUUGAUCUGACAGGUCGUCGUUCGAUCACAGUGCUAAUUGUUAAAAUAUACGAGGACCCGAAAAACCCACACCGUUACGAAACUAACAUGUACAAUCAACAUACUGGAAACAAAUGGACAACUGUAGAAAUAGAUCUCCCUGCUGUGAAAGAUUUGCAGGUUGCGUUUGAUGGUUCCUAUGGACCACAAAAUUUAAUCCUGGAUAACAUUCGCAUAACUCCGCUUUUGUGUAAUGCAAAUAAUCCUUGUGACGACGUUUUUUGUCAAAAUGGCGGUGAAUGUGAGGUUUCUGUGGAUAAAACAAAAAGUGUUUCUUUUCGCUGCAAUUGCCAGUUUGGAUUCUUCGGAAAGUUAUGUGAACACUAUAUAUGUAACAAAAACAGUUGUGGUAAUGGCAUAUGUUUCCCGUUAUCUUCUUCAACUUAUUCCUGUAAGUGUGAUGACGGCUGGAGCGGGGACAACUGUGAAAAGUAUGUAUGUGGUAAUGUUGAGUGCAACCAAGGCCGGUGUGAUGCUCUUUCAGAAACAGAAACACGGUGUAUUUGUGAUAAUGGCUGGGAGGGAGAAUUCUGUGAUAUAACGAACCCCUGUGAUUAUAUGCCCUGUAAGCACGGCGUGUGUGAAGUAAUGUCGACAACAGAGGCCCGGUGUGUUUGCAACAGCAUACAUUGGAUUGGAAAAUAUUGCGAUAUACGGAUGUUUACUCCACGACGUUAGAGUUUGUACAUGAAACAACCACGACAAAACUAUGGAAUAGAAAAGGUUUAUUGAAUGAAGGUUUUUAUAACUUGUAAACAGAACAAAACAGUUAAGAAUUAUUUUAUGUUAGCAUCAAACUGUUAUAGUUGUAAAUAACUGUGCUAACAUUCUCUUUUUAUUGAUUUUUUUUGCAUCCACCCGUGUUUUACAUAUUAAGUGUAAAUUUCUAUUGAUUUAGUGUUGAUUACCAAAAGUCAUAUUGAUGAUAAAAUUUACUUUACUGAGAAGGAAUCGAUGUUUUUAAUUGGUACUUUAUUUCAAAAUGUGACUUGUUAAUUGAUUAAACAGAAAGAACAACGGUAACAUAGUCAAUACUAUAAAAUGUA